AUGACCCCCCUCCUAGGUGCCGAAUUUGCCGCCGUGGGAUUGGGUGGGAUUGGAGCCUAUUUCUUUGUCGCAAGGCGCAAGUGUCCCACCAAGUUGGAAAAGGCACUCAAACUCAAGGACGCUUCCGACCUUCAGUUGCCUCCGGGAAUGAGUCAAGAGUUCAAGUUGCCCGAAGCCGAUCGCGUCGCUUUCAAAGAAGCUUUUCUCAACAAUGAAGAAUUCCAAUGGCUUGCCGCACAACCGGGCGUCGAAGAUUUCCGAAACAACUCCAACAGCACCAGUCACAAAAAGGUUCUAUUUGAAAUCGUGUGGUACAUUACCGAAUGUCGACUCCGACUCGUAGAAAAGUACGGAUAUCUACUCGUACAACGCGAUCCAAAAUCGGGAGUCUUUCAAGGCGCCAUUGGUCUUAUCCCGCCCUAUGCCAAAUGGUGGAGACUCAAAAAACACUACCAAUUCGCUGCAUUGUCGCUAGGACGAAUUUCCAUACCCGAAAAACUCGGAUGUACCAAACGAUACCGGGCGUAUCUACGAGAAUUGGACGAUCAUCAUCAAGAUUCCAUGAUACUCGUUACUUCACUGACGAGUGAAGGACAUUGGCACAUUCCCAUUAUAGGUGUGGCCACCAAUUAUAAACGCGUCGGUAUUGGACGACAACUCAUGGAAACCGCCACGCGACUCUGUCCUCGACCCAUUUAUGUCGCCAGUCCCGAUCCAGCGGCACACUUUUUUCAAAAAGUUGGAUUUGCACUCGACAAGAAAUUCCUCGUCGUUUCCGAAGGGGGCAAUCAAGAUUUGCAACGAGAUGCCAUUUAUUACAAUUCCAUGACGUGUCAGUAA